UUAAAGCGAAAUGGGCCGUUACUCGGUUGCUGAAACUCUACAACUGCAGCGAACAGGAGAUAUGGCUAAACACCAACGGUCGCGUCGUUAAAGCCUUUGGCAGAUUUCUCGUCGGUUUAACAUUAUCGUUUUACUACAAUUAAACCCUGGACCCUGUGGUCUGAUAGAAGCACCGACCAGAUAAAGGGGACUCUGUUGGGGGCGUUUCGGUGCCCGUUUGGAUCGGGAUGAUCUCCAACUGCGGGGUAUUGAAAGGCCAUUUGAUGUGAAGUUUGUUUGGACUCAAUUUGUCUCCUCCCUGAAAUCAAGACACAUAGACAGGCUCCUGCUCAGCAGAAUUGGUGGACUAGUCGAUGCAGUCUUCCAGAGGCUCCCCCUGGCUGAAAAACCAGCAGCAACAGCACCAUGUCCCGUGUCUCCUCCACCCCCAAACGCUAUGCUGGCUCCUCCUACACCAGCCACUAUAGCUCCUACAGCCCCUCUCUGACCCCGGGCCUCAGCACCUAUAGCGAGCGGGACAGGCUGUCCACCUACAGGUCCCCCAACUCCACUUCCUCCUCUGGAUACUCGUCCAGCUACCUGAGCAGCUCCGCCGCUCGCAGCCGCAACUACAGCGCCUCCUCGGACCCCGAUCGAGACCGGGGUCGAACUGUCCCUCGCACCGACAUCCUCGGGAGUAGCAGCAGCAGCAUUAACAGCCGACGGAGUGAGAGCCUCAGUAGAACCCCCGUCAAGAGCUACGGAUCGUCAGGUCUGAGUGGGGGUUCAGCCUACUCAGGCUACAGCGCUUACCAGCCCAGCUACCUCGCUUCUUCACCGGCGGCCUCCAGCAUCCCACUCAAUAGAAGAAAGUCUGUUUCCCAGAGUGACCUGAGCAGGGACUUGUCCUCCCUGAGCCUCAGCGAUGUGUCCUCCUCCUCCUCCACUCCAUCCUCCUCCACCAGUGCCCUACGGAGCUACCACAGUCGAACUAAAGACGUCCCCGAGUCGUAUGACAUAGGCUCCAGACCGGGCUGCUCGAGCCUGUUGCGGAGCUCCACUCAGGAGGCCUUCAGUAGCAGCAGCAUCAGCAGAGCAUAUAGCUCCUCGUCAUGGGAACCAAGCAGCAACGGGAUGUCUGACACCCCGAGAAGGAACUCCAUAAACUCAAAGAGUGCCCAAGGCCUGGUUGGAUUGAAGAACUUAGGAAAUACCUGUUUCAUGAACAGUAUCCUGCAGUGUCUGAGCAACACACAGAGCCUGCGUGACUACUGCCUGCACAACUCGCACCGCAGAGACCUUAACAACAACAGCCGCACCAACACAGCUCUCAUGGAAGAAUUCGCUAAGCUGAUCCAGAUCAUGUGGACGUCGACCAGCAGCGAAGCGGUCAGCCCGUCUGAAUUCAAAACACAGAUCCAGAGAUAUGCUCCCAGAUUUGUAGGAUACAACCAACAGGAUGCUCAGGAGUUCCUGCGCUUCCUGCUGGACGGCCUGCACAACGAAGUCAACAGGGUCACUGUGAGGCCGAGGGGCACCGUGGAGGACUUUGACCACCUGCCAGAUGAAGAAAAAGGGAAGAAGAUGUGGAGUAAAUAUUUGGAAAGAGAGGAUAGUAAAAUAGUUGAUGUGUUUGUGGGGCAGCUGAAGAGCUCCCUGACCUGCAGCCACUGUGGUUUCUGCUCCACUGUGUUUGAUCCUUUCUGGGAUCUUUCUUUGCCUAUCGCAAAGAAGGGCUACGGCGAGGUGAGUCUGAUGGACUGCAUGCGGCUCUUCACCAAAGAGGACGUCCUCGAUGGGGACGAGAAGCCGACAUGCUACAGAUGUAAAGCCAGGAGGAGGUGCACAAAGAAGUUCACAAUACAGAAGUUCCCUAAGAUUCUAGUGCUGCACCUGAAACGCUUCUCUGAGGCACGACGAACCAGCAAACUGUCCACCUUUGUUAACUUCCCCAUGAAGGACCUCGACCUUCGAGAGUUUGCCUCUGAAAACAGCACAAAUGCAGUAUAUAACCUGUAUGCAGUGUCCAACCACUCGGGCACAACCAUGGGAGGUCACUACACAGCCUAUUGUCGCAAUCCCAGCUCGGGAGAAUGGUACACCUUUAAUGACUCCAGAGUAACGCCAAUGUCGUCCAGCCAAGUGCGCAGCAGCGACGCCUACGUCUUGUUCUACGAGCUGGCUACGUCCUCACGAAUGUAAGGACUCCCGAAGGACACGAAUCCGCUUUGGCUGUUGCACAGAUGGAUGGACAUUUAUAUUUGGACAUUAGUUCCUCACAAACACAUGUGAUGACUCCCCACCUAGCAGCCGAGAAGCUGCAGCUGGAGAGAACACCAUGGACUCCACAAGAACCCGAUCCACCAGCUCUGUUCUCUGUGUCUGUUCUUACUGCUGUGUCAUGCUCAUCUUGACUGCAGGCGUGUGUUUACUGUGUGUGUAUGUGUGUGUGCAGCAAAAAAACAAAAAACAGGGCAAUAACCCCGAUGCACCAAUCAACCAGGUGAACCCAUGUCAGAAAUCCCUCUCUAUGCACUGCAAACCAAACUCUCAUCCUGACUGCGCCUUCAACUCUUCUUAAUCUUCUCGUUUGCCUCAGAUGAUUAAACCUGACUUCUUGCAUUGUU